AAUUGGUGUAAUAGAGCAAACCCUAAAAAGCUAAAAACCACAGCAGGGCAGCAGCUUAGAAAACCCUAACAAUGACGCAGAAAGACACCCUAUUCAAAGGGCAACAAAAGAAGAAAACAAUCCCUCCUAAUCGCCAUGGCAAAGUCCCCGUUACCCGAAAAGGGAAGAGAUUUGUGAAGCCUUCGAAGACAACGAAGGAGAUGGAUGUUGAUAGAGAGUUGACCAAAUUCAUUAAUCAAUGCAAUGAGGUGAAAGCAGCCACGAUUGCUAACAAGGAAGGGGGGCAGCUAAGUAUUGUCAAGGCACCGCCAGAAACUUCCAAAGCUGCAAAGAAAUAAAUUUAGUUGAUGCUACAGAAGAGAAGUAUAUGAUAUGGAAAUUUACAUAAUCCUGAAACAUGUUCAGAACCAGGUAGUUUGGUGAGGGCUUGUUCGUUCUAUUUUGUUUUCACUUCCAUCUGGUUAGUGUUUUCUGUAUUAUGCUUUGAAGUUUUGAUAGUGUAGCAGGCUGAGUAUUCUAUAGGUUUUACAAAAAUGAGAUCUAAAUGAUUCUUUACUGUAUUUGUAUGACAAUUUUUCUUCCUCCUUUUUUCAUUUGUAAUCCUCAUUUUAUUUAUGGUUGAAAUAAGGGUUUUAUCAGAAAUUGGAAUGAUGAUUGAGCCCUUCCAACAAUUCUGC